GUGUCGUUCUCUAUCCGUUCCUUCCGAGAAAUAAAGCCGAAGAGACGAAGGAGACGAGGUAGGUAUGGAUAGAGCUAGAGCAUACCUAGAGCAGGCCACCUUCCAUGCGCGCGAUCAAGGGAGAUGCGAGGUAUCUAUCUGCCGUCUACCUUGUUUGUUUUGCUUUGCUUUCCUUUUUUUUUUUUUUUUAUUUUUGUUCCAUCAAGAUGGGGUUCUAGGUUCUCGGACCCUCGAUGCAUCCCUCCCCCUCCCUCUCGAGGUUGCGGGCCGUCCUCGCUGAGAUAGGAUUGUAUGCUUGACCUUCUUUUCCCGGGGCUUUCUGCAUCGACGAAUGGAUUGGUGAGUUG